AUGCGAACAUUGUCAUUAGAUGUCACACCUUUGACAUAUGCUGGGUCUGCUUCAAAAAGCACAGUGACUUCCGUUGGUUUCACUACUUCAGAAAUAACUAAAGUCUCCUUCACUCAUCAUACCUACAUCCUUUUCCUCCCCAGCAGAGCCAACUUUUCCCUCUGGGAAAACCAUUCCAACCACUACCAUGGCUGGGACCGCUGGCUGGACUCCACACCUUCCUUUUUAUCUACCAAAACUUCGACUUUACCUAUUGCCGUUAAGUCCAAAGUUUCCUUCUACAAUAUUGAAAUGAGCCUCUCUAUCUUUGAUGAAGAGCCAAGGAUCUCUAUUACCAGUGUUGUAAAAGAAUUUGCAAAAAAAUGGUUACAUUAG